AUGCUGGUAGCCUUCAUACCAGACUGGCUGAGAGAAAAAAAAAAAAAGAAAAAAAAAAUGAUCCAGUGGGUCCUAGAGGAGAAUGACCAGCUGAUCUGCUGUAUCGUGGAGUAUCAGAACAAAGGCCAGGCAAAUGAGUGCACCCAGUACCAGCAUGUGUUACACAGAAAUUUCAUUUAUUUGGCUACUAUCACAGAUGCCAGCCCAACCAUUGCUUCAAAAAGCAAUGGAAUAAUCUUCCAGUUGGCUGUUGUGAGGAGUCAUUGA